CGACAGCCCUGACCAAAAAAUUUAAUAUUUUUCUUUAAUUGUUUAUAAAUAUGCAAACAACUGGGUGGAAACACGAUUUCCAGAUCCCAAAUGGCACACGCUUAUAUCUACGGUCAACGGGAUGGUUUCAAUGUGGUUUCUGGUCAGCCAGAGGCAAUCCCGCAUGUAUAGACCCACAAUGUUGUUACUUUUCGCCCAACGGACAAUUAAGCAUACGCGAUUGCAUUUAAACGAUCGCCUUACGCGGAGUACAAAAGGCACACGGGCCGUGAUGCAGUUACUCCGCGAGGUUAUAGUCGACCCUCUUUCUGAGUUUUUUUUACGCGGAGAAUGAUUCAAAACCGAAACACAUCGCUGCCCAUCGCCAGAACUGCAAUUCGCAGUCGGAAGCGUAACAAAGGCUGCGGAUUUCUUGGUCAGCUCAUCCGGAGGAUGUCCGGGUGUGAAACGGGUGCAGAGGGCAGUUACUUACCAUAGGCGCUCUAUAAAAAAACACUCACCGAACGGAAUUAGUAGGGCAUUCGGCGGUCGAUGCCACCGCCGAAUCAGCCCUUGUUGUGAUUUUGCGUCAACGUAGCCGCAUUUGACUUCCACACAUCCCACAUCCACGCUGGCUAUGGAACACUGACCAUGCCCAUAAUUGAAUUAGCGGCCCUGAUUGAUUGACUGUCCCACGAUGCAGCAAAAACCCCGAAACAACGGCUAUCCGGGCACCCUCAUCUGCGCGGUCCUCCUCGUCCUGCUGUCCACCGGUGUCAGCGGCCAGAAGCAGUAUUCCAAGGCAAGAAAGUUGGAACUGAGGGAGGAUGUGCGGCGCAUGUUCCAGCACGCCUACGAUGGUUACCUGCGCCACGCCUCCAACUACGAUGAACUGCGUCCGCUGACCUGCGAUGGCCACGACACCUGGGGCAGCUACUCCUUGACACUGAUCGACGCUCUGGACACGCUGGCCACCAUGGGCAACUUCACGGAAUUCCGCCGCGCGGCAAGACUGCUCGAGGAGAAGAUGGAUUUUGACAGGGACAUCAACGUGUCCGUGUUCGAGACAAACAUCCGCAUCGUGGGCGGGCUGCUGUCCGCGCAUCUGCUCUCCAAGCGUGCUGGCGUAGAGCUAGAGCCAGGAUGGCCCUGCAAGGGACCUCUGCUGCGACUGGCGGAGGAUGUGGCCCGACGAUUAUUGCCAGCCUUCGUCACGAACACGGGUAUGCCUUAUGGCACGGUGAACCUGCGCUAUGGCGUGCCCAAGGGCGAGACCUCUAUAACCUGUACGGCGGGCGUGGGGACAUUCCUCAUCGAAUUUGGUACCCUUAGCCGGUUGACCGGGAAAACCAUCUACGAGGAUGUUGCUAUGAAGGCGGUACAUGCUCUAUGGGCAUAUCGCUCGCCCAUUGGACUUUUUGGCAAUCACAUCGACGUGCAGAGCGGUCGUUGGACCGCCCUCGACUCUGGUAUCGGAGCAGGAGUGGAUUCCCUUUUUGAAUACCUAGUUAAGGCAUCUGUCCUGCUCAAUCGCCCAGAACUCUUGGAGUUAUUCCAUGAGGCUCGCGCGGCCAUUGAUAAGUACAUGCGGAAGGAGGACUGGUACGUGUGGGUAGGCAUGAACAAAGGCCGCGUCACCCUUCCCGUCUUUCAGUCCCUGGAGGCGUUUUGGCCCGGCAUCCUGAGCAUUAUUGGCGACACGGAGCCGGCCUUGCGCACCAUAUCACGGUACAUUGGGGUCUGGAAGAAGUACGGCUUUCUGCCAGAGUUUUAUAACAUUGCUGCUGGAGAGGCAUCGCCGAAUCGGGAGGUGUACCCCCUGCGACCGGAGCUAAUCGAGUCAGCUAUGUAUCUCUAUCGAGCCACAGGAAACGAGUAUCUUCUGGAGUUUGGUGAGCACAUGCUGGAGACCUUGGAGUUCAGUGCCAAAACCAAAUGCGGAUAUGCAACGAUUCGCAAUGUUGUCACCCACGAAAAGGAGAAUCGCAUGGAGUCAUUCUUCCUGGCGGAAACAAGCAAGUACCUUUAUCUGCUGUUUGACGAGGAAAACUUCCUGCACAACGAUGGGUCCGGAGGCGAGCUGCUGUCAACCGAGGAUGAUGUAUGCGUGGUACAGGCCGGUGCGUACAUCUUCAACACAGAGGCUCAUCCCAUGGACAUGUCAGCCCUCCACUGUUGCCACGCCCACAACGAGGACAUCUACACCUCUCUGGAUCUACAGCGGUUUAGUCCACGGGCGAUAUUAGAGAGGAGCAAAAAGCGGCAGGUAGCUGUUCAGGAACAGUGGGUGCCGCAGUGUCACCCAGAGAACAACGAGUUCUUUAAUAAAGAGGAUGAGAGUGUGCAGGCGCAGGACUCUGAAAAAGAGCAGGAACGCGAGCAAUCCGGCACAAGCACUACCAUGGCCGUAGAUAUUGAGGUGUUCGACGAAUUUCAACAGCCCGCCGGCGAUCUGUUAGUAAGCAACUUCGAGCAGAUACGCGAGGAGCGGGAGCUAAACGAGAGCCUGCACAGAAACGUGGUGGCACGAAACCAGUUGACAGUCAGCGAUUUGGAUGAAUUCUUUGCUCAGCGACGGGAGAGUUUCGCAAGCGCCUCCGAGGCUCUUAACUAUGUAAAGACCUUCAUGGGCAACUAUACCAUGGAUGUAGCCUUUAUACGGGGCUUGCAACUGUACGAUACUAAUAUGAGUAGUGUAUUGGGCACAGGCGCCCAGAAAGAGUAUGAGUCUCGAAUGAGGACCCUUUGGCAGCUGUACGAACUGCAGCAGCAAUAUGUGGCCAACAUCCGAGUGAUUCAAGGAUUAGGUUUGCUAACCUUUCCGGCGGACGGUGACCGGAUACCUAGCCAUUUGACAGAGGUGUUGGACAGCCUGGAUAAGUCGGCUCACUUGGAGCAUAUGGAUCUACAAGAUCUCGAAACAAGAGUGUCCAAUACCUCCUCGCCCCAGUUGGCUCAUAUAAGAGAAGUUAUUCUAAAAGCACGUAAUGCCUAUGCCAUAGCCAUGGUCAAUACUUCGGCCAUGCAGGAAUUUGCUAUCCGAAUCUACCUCAGUGGCACUUCGGAGGCCGGUGUUCGCAUUCACCCACUUUUGGAAGACGGAGAACUAAGUGAGGAAGCACGUAAAAGGCCAUUAAAGUUGGCGGAGGAGCGAGCCCUCUUCAGCUACGCCCGUCGAAUAGUGGACUUUCGGAAACGAAUGGCGGAGACAGUUGAUCGAUUGCAGACGCUCAUGCAGGACAUUCCGCCACCCAAAAGGAAAGAGGCCACUACCGACUCUCAGGCCGCAGAUGCGUCCACAGUCUACACUCAAACCAAAGCCCAGAUGGCGGCGCCUGCACAGCAGCCGGAGCCGAGCCAGGAAGAGAAGCAGUCGACACAAAUUCAAAAAGGAAAGCUUGCCGAAAACGGCUCCGGAUUGGGUGAAGAGGAGUCCGGCUGCGUGUGGUCGCAGUUGGUGCAGACCAUCCUUCGGAAGACCACGGUGCAGCGGGUCAAAUUUGACGAGGCCGUGCUCCAGGAAAAUACGCGCAAGGCACUGGAGAAGUACGCCCGCAAGGAGUUACCCCACCAUCUGUUCGCCUGCCACCGGCCGGAGUACAUUGAGGGAUUCGCCUAUCGGGACUUUUAUCCGGAAGCGCUGUAAGCUCGCAAUCACCUCACCGACCAACACGACUGAUCUGUAGAUAGAUAUCAAAGUUCGGCGUCGAUGCGCGCAUGACAAUGAGCGACUCAAUUGCAGAGCGAAAAGGACAGAGCGCUAAGCCAAAGCGGCAAGCGCGAAAGUACAAGAUGAAGACAGCGCGAGAGGAGGGGAACUUAGAUAACGAAAGAGAACCAUCACCUCUAACGGUUUUCUGAUAUGUUGCCGAUCAUGAUAUUUGCAGUGCUGUACUUUGUACUUUUCUAUCGUUUAAAUUGUAAGCUAUGUACAUAUAUGUACGUACAUAUGUAUGCAAUUACCAAACCAUUUCCAGGAAUUUCAACUUCUUGUACAAUCAUGUUUACCAGCGAUUUUUUAAAGCUCAGUUAAGAUAUGAUAAUAGAACUUCCAAAAAUAUGUAUAGCUAAAGAACCUUAAGUGGUCCUACUUGUGCCGACAAUUAAUUUAAUUAGCAUAUGAACCCGCAACUCUUGAGGUUUUCUCAAUACCUUACCAAGGCUUAAACAAAUUUAUAUCUGUAAUAAUAAUGGUUCGAGUGCUUGUGUGCGUGUAAACUAUUUGCGAUGACUGUUGUUGGCUGUAUUGUAAUUAAAUUGAUUUAUUUCCGU